AUGGUUCAAAGAGUUUUUACAUGGCGUUAUGGAGGCCAAAGGGUCUAUCUCUAUGGCUCUUUCAAUGGGUGGACUGAGCGGAUACAGAUGAUUAAGGUGGAGGGUUCUGGUGCAAUUUUUCAGAGGAUUUUGGAACUUCCACCAGGUUGUUAUAUGUAUAGAUUCUUAGUUGAUGAUGUUUGGCAAGUGGACAAGGAACAGCAGUGUUUCCAAGAUACAUAUGGCAUGAUCAACAACAUGAUAUUUGUGGACAUAUCAGAACCGGGCACGUCUUCAGUUAGCAUGGCUCAGAAACCUAAUUUGCAACUAUCACCCACUGAUAUUGACGUUUUGCGUCAUCAUCUGUCAGUGUUUUUAUCAUCCUCCACGGCUUAUGAUUUGAUGCCAAAUUCGGUCAAGGUCAUUGCUUUGGAUGUUGAUGUGUCUGUAAGACAGGCAUUCCAUUUUAUGUAUGAAGAGGGAAUUGCAGUAGUACCUCUCUGGGAUGAGGAAAGCACAAGAAUUACGGGGAUACUUACUUCCUCUGAUUUUAUAUCAAUUCUGCUACAUCUUCACAGCAACCCAGCUUCCCUGACUGAUGAGGAGAUUGAAAAACACACUAUUUCUGCUUGGAAAGAUUUGAAGUUCCGACUUCAUGCAGACAUGAUUGGGUCUCCUCAUCGUAAUAAUAGAAGGGCACUAAUCCAAGCUGGUCCAGAUGAAACAUUGAAAGAAAUUGCUGUGAAGAUCCUGCAUAAUAAGAUUUCUGUUGUUCCGGUUUUAGAUAUAACUCAAGAUGGAUCUUGUCCUCAGUUGUUAUCCAUCAUGUGCCUUUCUAGAAUAUUGAAACAUCUAUGCAGGCAACUCAGAAGGCAUCUUGAUUAUCUCCCUCUACUGCAGCAACCAGUUGGUUAUCUCCUCCUAGGUACAUGGGCUAAAGGAUUUGGGAACAGCAGUUCCCGUGUACUGCUAACCUUACGUGCCACUGAACCUCUUAGUUCUGCUCUUAAUCUAUUAAUACAAGCUAAUGUGAGUUCAAUUCCCAUAGUUGAUAAGCUCGGAGUUCUGGUAGAUGUGUACUGCAGGAGUGAUAUUAUGGCUUUGGCAAACAGUAGUGUGUACGCUCACAUUCAGCUUGAUGACGUUAAGAUAUCUCAAGUAUUGGAGAUUGUCAAUGUAACUGGUCAAAAUCGAUUUCAAACCUGUACGCGUUUUGAUUCCUUGUUCAGGGUGAUGAAGCUUUUCUCAAAUCCAGGGGUUCGGCGUCUUAUUGUCAUUGAUGCCACCAGUCGUCAAGUAGAAGGCAUUAUCACCUUGACAGACAUUUUUGGAUACAUUAUAGGUUAA